AUACAUGAAUUGACCACUCAACUCCCAACACACAAACAAUUUGUUCCAGCCAACGUUACUGGGAUGCCUCCUCGGUAUUACAUUAUCGGAGGAUUUGUUUUCACAACUCUUUCCAUCCCAUAUUUGCUAGCUGUGGAUGGAAGGUAUGACGGAUAUAAAAUUCCAGAUGAAGACAAGGUUUUCUCCCAGGCAUUUUACGAAGAGCGUGUUGUGCUUUGUCAGGUGCUUAAAGCUGACAUUACAAUUGGGUACGACGGGGUGGACUCAGUGCAAAAUCAGGUUAUUGUGACUUUUAAUGAUAAACCUGUUAAGGGGUUAAAGAGCUUGGUUAGUAUGGUAGACAGUUGUGAUGAGGAAUUCUUGAAAUUCACUCUUGAAAACAACAAUAUUUUGGUACUGCGGACGAAUAUUGCCAGAGCAAGAACUCCGUAUAUUCUUAAAGCACACUGCAUACCUUGUGCUAUGUCUUUGGACUAAUGAAGUUGACUCGAGGGAAAGAAAGUCUCAUAGGUCAUGUGAAAUUCUGAAUGGAUGUGAGUGAGCCAGAAUUUCUAUUUCGUGUUUUAAACUUUCUCUUCCCAAAUUGUAUGGAAGAAAAGGAAUAGAGUUUUUUCAGUUAAUAGCUGCUGCAACGUUUAAUGUUGUUUCAGGUUUUUGUUCAUAGUGUACAUAUCGCUACUUGGUUUAGUGCCUCUACUACGCCUGCUGGAUGCCACAAUUGCUAAAAUCUUACUCCGCUAUGGAUUCCUAACAUAAAGGAUGUAACUGACAAAGGCAAAUGUUUUAAGGCAGGUAGGAAAAAGGGGUAGACAGAUAAGGGAUUACAAGUGAUUUCAGUAAAUAGAUGAUGGGAUCUUCGUGAUUUUUACCAUGAUUAAAGGGAACUUAUUUUGUUCCAAA